AUGAAAACGUCAACGUCGAACAGCUUUGCGGACGCGAACGCGAACGCGAAUAUCAGUGAGAAUGGUAGCGGGAACAAGUGCAGUGCUUCUAAGAAUGCCUUCACAAAUGCGGCCUCCGUAAUAUGGAUCGAAAAGGAAAAAUUAGAUUCCAUUAUUCACAUCCCCCUGUAUUCAGAUCUGUCCAAGUACGUCUCCGAUUUGAGCAGACACCCGGUGAAGCAGAAGAAGAAGGAAGAGGAGGGAGGAGGAGGAGGAGGAGUGCUCUCUAAGAUUUUCCUACUCUUUGAUGACAACAGCUGCAACAUUGCAGUUGACAUAUCGGCUCUCUACGAAUCCGACAACAACAAAAUUCCGCUUCUCAUCUACGAGCGGUACUACUUCUGGAGCCUCCACUUUUUAUUUGAAAAAUCGAAAAUAAAAAGACAGAAAUUAAAUAUCUCCUCAGAUAUUAAUGGAACCUACGGAAUUAACAGAAUUAACGGACUUAACGGACUUAACAAAUAUGAUGACGAUGUGUACAUGUAUACAUCCAUUUACAACUGUGCAUAUAAUCGAAAUGACGAUGAGAAGAACGUCGGGGGUACCAGCUACUCUGAGCUGGGCACGGAUAACUACAAAGAAAUGAACAAAGAAUUGACCAUAUAUAAUAAGGACUACAUAAAGUACUUGUAUCUGAAUGAUCUUAAGAAAAAUGCCAUGAAGGAGAAAAGUUCAAAAGGAGGGGAUGUUGGAGCUGGUAGCGGAAAUGCUGGUGAAGCGUUUAAGGGGAAUGCCUCGAGCGGGGAUCCUCUUUUCGAAAAAGGCCUCUACUCUAAUAACGAAAUAAAAUGGUACCGCUUGAAGAUAAAAAUUGAGAGUGUGGAGAAAAAAAAGAAAAACAAAAAUAAUAACCAGAACCUGAUCAAAAGUAAGGGAGGCCCCAUCGCUAGCCACCCCUUCAGUUUCAACAGCCACAGCAGCUGUAACAACUACAGCCGCUGUAACAACUACAACAGCUACAACAGCUACAACAGCCACAACAACCACAACAGCUGCAACGUUAGUGGAAACAGAAAUGUCGACAUCCACCACAACAGCAACAGAGUCUUCUCCUGUGAGCAGAGGACCCUGAACGAUCCCAACAGUUUUAAAAAAGAAACGUGUGACCCCACCUUUGACGCAAAUCUCGUGCACACUAUUAGCCACCUCUCGCUUAUAGACAACGACGCCACGAGGAAAAACAUUAGCAAUUUAAUUAAGAUACAGAAGAGGUCCUUUUUUACGCUCAACCAAGAAAGUGACAAAAAUUUACUAGACAUGUCAAACGAGGAACUGUUGCUGCUGUCUUCAAAUAGAGGGAGCGAAUCCGUCUUAGAUUCCAAUAAGAAGGAGAGCCUAGCUAGCUCAGGCAAUCAAACUGGGAAAAGGCGUAAAAGGAGGAACUGGUUCUACUACAAAAGCAGCAGCAACGAAACGAACCGCGCCAUGGAUGACGAUGAUAGAAGCACGUCCAGGGGCAAUUCGGUCUCCGUGCCGGACCGUGGAGCUGCCUACGUGGAGAAUAAACGGAAAAAGAAAGAGGAAGCUCUGGGCUUUGAACUUGGGGGUGGCGGCAAGAAUGGGAAAGACAAGGGGGAUGACAAGGGGGACGACAAGGGGGACGACAAGGGGGAUGACAACGGGAACGACAAGGGGGAUGACAACGGGGACGACAAGGGGGACGGCCCCUGCGAAAGUUUCAGCAGCUACGACUUCGCAUGCACUCCAAACAGAAACCGCAGUAGAAACCCGAAGAAAGACCAUUCGCAGAAGGGAAGGAAGCCCCCCGAUGGUCACGCACACGAAGCUGCAGAGGAAGGCGUCGAGGAAGCGACCCAGGCAGAGGACAGCUUCACCAAUUCGCACAUACCAUCAGAGAGCAGGGCGUACGUGCGAACGGUCAAUGCAGGAGAGUCAGGCACAGAAUUCCACAGCUUCGACGUUGAGGAAGAGGUGGAUGGGAUGGAAACCGCUCCAAUAGUAGUGGUAGACCCCACAGAAAAAAAAAAACGAGAAAGAGAAGAAGAACAAAUAAAAACGAAUGCACUGUUCAUUGAGGACAAAAAGAACCCUAGUCUUGGACUCCUAACCAAGAACACGAAGGUGUACCAAGUAAAUGUUGACGAAUACAACUCUGAAUUUAAGAGUAUAAUAUCGGAGCCGUUUGAUCAAAAAGAGGAGAGAGAAAAAAUAAAAAGGAGUAGGGAUUACAACAGAGAAGCACAAACGAUGUACUUAAAUAAAAUUUUAAAAAAUAUUCUGAACAAAGAAAAGUCGCAUUUGAAUUCUCUGUCGAAAAAUUUUAAACGAAUUGAAGGAUUCUACAAACAGAAUUACAAAAUAUACAUUAUCGAAAGUAAGGAUGACCUAAAUGACAAGAAAAACUGUUUUAAGAGCGACAUGCAUGUAUACGACUUGUCCGCCCCUUCAAGUAACGACAUCAAUAACGAACUCAACAUAUUGGACCAGUUUAAAAUGUACCUGCGUAGAUGCAAGGGGGAAUAUCGCCCGAGGAAGUACCAAACGCACAUCACCACAGGUGGUAGGAAGCCAAUAGGUGAAGGAAAAAACGGAGUCGACCUUCAGACAAAUACCAGUUGCACAGAGAAGAAGGAACACUCCACUGAGAAUGACCCCGGUGACAACCACGCGGGGGGGAAAUUACCCAAAAGGGAAAGCGAACAAAGGGGUACUCUAAUGAAGAGCAGUUUAACAAAAAUGAUUCCAAAGGGGGGAGAAGCAGCGGAAGUAGCAGAAGCGGCGGAAGCAGCAGAAGAAGCAAAAGAAGCAGAAACAGCAGAAGCAGCAGAAGAAACCGCCAGGAGGUCAUCACAAAGGGAAGCCACAAAGACACACCUGACAAACCAGAACCCACCCGAAAACGGAGUCGUAUUUUAUGCUCACAAUAAGAAAAAUCCAAGUAGCGUAAAAGAGCUAAAGGAAGGAGACUCUCUCUACAUAAAAUUUAACAACUCAUACGAUGACUAUGACAAAAUUAGGGUAAUAAAAAAGGAAGACCUUCUUCAAAUACUUAUUUGCCUAAUGGGGAACCAAGAGUGUCUCAAGCUGUCACACAUAUCUACCUAUUCUCCUGACCUACUUUGGAACCUAUCCGUGCACUUCAAAAAUAACACGUACGACAUGGAGUUGAAUCUUGACAAAAUGUAUGCCCACGUUUGUAGACGCUAUGAGAUGACCUCGCUCGAUGGGAGAGCCAGCUUGGAUCUCCAGCUAGGGUUCGCGCCCCUGGUGAAGCGAGUGGGUGAUCGGCAGUUCGGUUCGCAGUACGAUUCGCAAUUCGAUUCGCAGUUCGAUUCGCACGUCAAUUCGCAGUUCGAUUCGCACGUCAAUUCGCACGUCAAUUCGCACGUCAAUUCGCACGUCAAUUCGCACGUCAAUUCGCACUUCAAUUCGCACUUCAAUUCGCAGCUGGGUGGCCGACCGGGUUGCUCCCCCGAACGGUCGUCGGAGUGCCCCUCCGAGGGCUCCUCCGAGACGGUGUCCGAAUCAGGAGAGAAGGCCACAAAAGGGGCACGAAAAUUCAAAAGCGCAAAGACAGUCAAGAGAGAAAAUCUCAAAGAAAUAGAAAUCAUGAAACUCAAGGACUACGUAUCCUUCCUGGAUAAAUUUCUGCAAAAUGUGAAUGAUGCCAAGUUAAAGAGACUUAAAAACAUACAAACAGAGUACUACAAAAAGUAUGAAUUUGAUCGAACCAUAAAUAAGCUCAAUAAGCAACAGCUCCUUGAAUUAUUUGUUGACAAAAAAAACGAAAUUAAUACAAUACCUCUCACUUUUUUAAAAGAAAAAAGUAGAAAUAUCAUAUAUGAGGAAAAUAUAAAAAUGAAUAUGUUCGCAUGUAUCAAAAUAAUAUUUGAUGAUGUGAAGGGGAGAUGUAUUUACGCAGCUAGCGAUUUUUACAAAUUUGAUUUUAUUUUUGAGUAUGUUGGUGAGUUACUCACUCAUAAUGAGGCAAUGGAACGUGAACGGAAAUAUAAUAGGAAUAAAAAGAAGGGGUGUUAUAUGUUUUACUUUAAACAUGAAAAUAAAAGGUACUGUAUUGAUGGCACGGAUGAAAAUAUCGAUGCGGCUAUCAAUAAUAAAGACAAAAAAUACUUCUUGAGAUCCUUCGCUAGACUUGUUAAUCACUCCAAGAAAAAUUCCAACCUCAUUCCAAAGGUACUCACUGUUGCCAAUCUCCCUCGGCUCUUCUUCGUCGCCGCCCGCAACAUCAAGGAGGGCGAGGAGCUCCUCAUCGACUACGGCGAGCGCGACCGCGAGAUCAUCAAGAAUAACGAGUGGUUGAAGUGCUGA